AUGGCCACUCAGUGGAUUCAGGAGCCUGUCCGGGCCUCUUCCGUGGGUCAGAGUGGGGGCAGCCCAGCGAGCUCUGGGACCCAUGCUUACGCUGGUCACCAGCUCCAAGUGGUCACAACGCCCGCCCUAGCCUGGAUCUCAAGCUCCCUAGCAGAUGCGAUUUUAAAGGAAAGGAACCUUCUUUGGGGAUCCGCAGGCCCAGGCACUCGGACUGCCCAGACGCUGGGAGUUGGCUGGCUGAGGCUGAGCGGACACUCGCCAGCAGCCUCACUUCUCCGAGGGUCCCCUCUGCAGGAUCCUCCCCUCCCAGCUAUGGUUGGGUCCCCUCUCCACCCUCCUCCCGACAUGCACCUGGGCGCCACCCGGGGGCUCCACGUGGUCGCCCUCCUGGCUUCUGGCCACCAGGACACACCAGGCUGCGGUGGGACAGGGGUGCCCGGGGCCGUGUUUGAGGACGCGCCUUUGUGCUCGCGCGCCGUGCCCUGGCGGCCUCCCCGUGCGCGCGAGCUCUCUCCCCUGGUGGCCGAGCUCUCCCGCCGCCCCACGGAGGCGUCUGUGGCCCUGGGGAACCGGGCGCGGAGGAGGGGGCCAGAGGCUGGCGGCCGCGCGACGGCGGGUCCCGAGCCGAGGGGCGCGCGCCGGGACGGGAGGCGGGAGCCCGGGGCCGGGACACCCGCGGGGCGAGAGCGCGCGGCCGGAGCCCCGCUGGCGCCGCGGCUGCUGGGCUUCGGCCGGCCGGGCGGCGGCGGGGCGGCGGCGGAGGAGCGCGCGCUGCUGGUCGUCUCCUCCCGCACUCAGAGGAAAGACAGCCUGUUCCGGGAGAUCCGCGCCCAGGCCCGCGCGCUCGGGACAGCUCUGGCCGCGGAGCCACCGCGCGACCCGGGGCCCGGAGCCAGCUUUGCCAGGGUAGUCCCGGGCGGCCGCAGGCGGCGGCGGACGGCUCUGGGAGGGACGCGAGCGGCGCAGGGCAGCGGCGGGGGCGCGGGCCGGGGCCAUGCGCGCAGGGGCCGGAGCCGCUGCAGCCGCAGGCCGCUGCACGUGGACUUCAAGGAGCUGGGCUGGGACGACUGGAUCAUUGCGCCUCUGGAGUACGAGGCCUACCACUGCGAGGGCGCGUGCGACUUCCCGCUGCGCUCGCACCUGGAGCCCACCAACCACGCCAUCAUCCAGACGCUGCUCAACUCCAUGGCGCCGGACGCGGCGCCCGCCUCCUGCUGCGUGCCCGCGCGCCUCAGCCCCAUCAGCAUUCUCUACAUCGACGCCGCCAACAACGUGGUCUACAAGCAGUACGAGGACAUGGUGGUGGAGGCCUGCGGCUGCAGGUAG